GAGCAAAAUGUUUCUUCUUAUAGUGUUCUUAUUGAUCAUCAUCCCCAUUUGCACAUACAAUGUAUCCAAGGCGCGCUUCGAUCGAGGCUCGCAAAGCACCGCGUUGCAACGGCCACCAACGGUUCCCUAUCUAGUUCCCGGGGUCUUUCACGCUUUCAGCCUAGCAUUUGACGGACCGCAGAAGUACUUUGCGACUUUGAUUAAGGAACAUGGCAAAUUUGCACCUUUUGCUGUCAAGGCAGGAUUACGAUCAUUCGUCGUUCUCCGGGAUCCUGAACACGUGAAGAAGAUCAUCGAUGCAUCCAAGCAACAAGGGUCAGAUGUCUCCGACAGUCGCAUUCAUGAAGUCACUUUUGGUUCAUCCAAAGCGGUUACAAAUCUGCUUGCCGGUAGUACGCCAAGUGAUGGAAAAAAGGAAAAGACCAGACAAGUGCGCACGGCAUUGACGCAAAAGUACCUAACCGGCACAUCGCUGGCUAACAAGACUAAUACCUAUGUCAACACACUUUCGCGUAAUAUGAAUGACAAAAUGUUCCAAGUCGGGAGCUGGACUCAGAUCGAGGACGUUUGGUCCUUCUUCCAACAAGUCCUCACCAGAUGCUCUGUAGAAACAUUCUUUGGAUCGGCAAUAUUCAAACAAUACCCUAAGCUCAUCAAGGAUUACUGGCUAUUCGAAGAUGCGGUCGAAGGCUUUGUACCAGGCAUGCCACUUCUCCUCGUAUCAGGCUCAUACAAAGAGCCUCGCGAUCGCUUGUGUCAGAACAUCGAGAAAUGGCUGAAACUAAAUCACAGCGGUACUGAGUUUGCAAAGGUUGGGGAGGAAGAUCCGGAUGUGGAUGAACACAAGGGUUCGAAGUUUAUCCAAGAAAGCGAUGAUCUUCUUGCCAAGACCGCACUGCCCCUAGAGGCUCGGACAGCAGAGAUGCUGGACAUCAUACACUGCUCCAACGCGAACUUCAUUCCUUCCACAAUUUGGACACUGAUCGAAAUUUUACGCAAACCUCAUUUAGCCGAACACCUCACUAGUAUCAUCACCGAAUACCGCUCACCAAAACUAGGCACGUACGAUGUAACUGGUAUCGCAACUCUGCCUCUGAUGAAAUCACUGAAAGAGGAGAUUAGCCGUCUACGUGUGGCACAGUACAUGGCCUACACCAACGAUUCCAGCGAUAUCGUCUUGGAUAAGCGUUCGGUCCUUCCCAAAGGUUGUACAGCGAUAGCGUUUUCGCAAGACUUUGCGCUCAAUGCGGAGUUGUGGGCUAGUGCGCGACCCCGCGUUGUUGAGAAAUCCUUGGAGGAGUUCUGGGCUGAGCGCUUUCUGAUACCAGAAUAUCAGAAUACAAAAGUAUCAAGUAAGCAGCGAAAGAGCAAGGAUGGCAUCGAAACAGGGCAGUUCAGUAUGGAGGGGCUAGAGCAGUUGGCACCAGCUUUUGGAAAUGCGCAUGCUAUUGGAUUGGGCAGGGAAUACACUGAGGCCAUGCAGACUGCGACUUUGGCCGUCUUGUUGAGCGAGUUUGAGUUUGAACUUUGCGACCCGGAUGCGACGGACGCAGCAAUGCCGCAACUGCGUGAGGUCGCUUUCGGAACCGUGCGACCACAGGAAGGUGUAACUGCGCGCAUACGAAAACGGAAAGCUGGUGGGAAGGUUUGAUGUCCUUCAAUAUUGUAGGUCAAAGUUGGUUCCAAUGGUGGCGCAUGGCAACCAUGCACCUGCAUCUCGUAAGCACAUGUCAUUAGUUGGUACAACUGAGUAUGGGUGGGAUGACAAUUUAGACGCCGUAUUCAGCCACAAUCUACGCUGCAGUGUACAUUCUUGUAUGUAAGACAUUUUCUGUGGCAUCAUUACCCCACUUUGUGUGGCUUUGUGUAAUGUUCCUCGCUCGCCCCCGGAACUCUCACAACAACAGACACAAUCACCUAC